UCAACUGUGUGAAAAAGCUCAAGAUUUUAACUGUUCUAAUGGGAACUGUUAUUGUAGAAAUAAAAAGCCCUACUGCAGAUGUCAAAACUACAAAGGCGGCGGUGAAGAUUUCUGGUACAUGGGGGAAAACUGUGACCAGAAGUGGAGCUUGACAAACCUGAUUCUAGUUGCUACACUGCCAGGGAUAGCUCUUGCGCUGUGUGUUGGAACUGUCUUUCAUUGCGUGCACUACUUUAAGAAGCCUUCGGGGGAGCCAGAGGAUGAGGAGGAAGGGAAAAGGAAUCUGAAGAGACAGGAAGUCCGUACCACAAGCGGGAACACUCCUCAAGAAAAUGUGUACCACAACUCUAUAUUCAUACCUGAUCCAGAGCCAGAUGUAUACAAUAAACACAUAGAUUACCCACCGCAAAGAAUGAACUCCCAGCGUCCACAGCCAUUGGAUAACUACCGAGUCCCCCAAGCCCAGCAAAAGCAAGACAACCGGCCCUAUCUACCCCCACGGAACACCCCUCCAAGCAAGCCCCAAAGUUUCCUGGCAUCCCAGUCCAGCCAACCUCCUGGUGUGGGCCGCUCCAGCAGUAUGCAGUACUCCAGCCGCCCGCCCCAGCCGGCUCCCAGAGGCAACCCCUACCAGGCUGAUUCUGAGAACUCAGGGGACGAUGACUACAUCCAGCCACUGCCUUCCACUGUCAUGAGGCCCAUACCGAAAGGUGCAGUGCCAAUAUUCCCCAAACUGGAAUCCGGAAUCACUAGCCUCCCACCAGCAGACUACAGACCCCAGCAGCGGCUACCGAGGGCAAGCACAGCUUCAAGACCCUCUUACCAGUACUGAUGUGUCAGCACCGAGAACAUGACAUUUAACCAAAAAGAGAACGAUUCUUUUCUGUCUGUAACAUGAGUGCAUCAACCUUGGCAAAUCAAACUUCAAUGAUAAGUGACGUAUAACAAACGAUUAAUGAAAUGCGCUGGCUGAUGCUGAGAAGAACGAGGUGAUUGCCUGAUUGCCUUGACAAGCGGAUGUUGAGAUGAGCUAGGAUUACAGCACACUGUUAUGGCGUUCCCCAAAGUGCCAUCUUCAAUUCUUGGCAACAACUCUGCCAACCUACUCGGCAUACAACGAGGGGGAAUCUAGGGAGGGAGGAGGGGUAAGAAAACAACCAAAUACAUGUUUCUAUUACGUUUAUUUGACAAAGUCUAUCCUAUAAUCUCAGUACUGUUUUGCCACUGUCACAAACAGUAUACAUCAUCAUGUUUUACUAAAUAUUGUAAUAUUGACAGCUAUGUACAAUAAGAUUUAAUUUAUUGUCAUGUUAUUUUGUUUAACGUCAUCUUCUGCUCAAAGUUCUGUUUACAAUAAAGCAAUAAAGUUUCGAAUGACACAUUACAGUCCUUAAAGAUUAAAUUAGGUCUAUCAAAACAUACCAAUCCCUAGAAACGCAGGGGUGAGCAUUUUUACUCUCAAACACAAGAAUGGAACAGUCAGGCCUAUUCUUAAUCAUAUCCUGAUGUAACCAUCACUAUUAUCUGCUGUAUUAUUGAAUUGUGGUUUGUCACACUUGAGAAUUAUUGUAUUUCUUGUUCUUAUUGUAUGACUUGUAUUGUAACACUUGAAUGUAUUUGUAUUUGCUUGCGAUUGUAAGUCGCCCUGGAUAAGGGCGUCUGCUAAGAAAUAAAUAAUAAUAAUAAUAAUAAUAAUAAUAAUAAUUUUAGUGGCUUGUUGCAGUAAUACAGUUUAAGCUUCCCUUUGCCUUGUCUCAUCCGUAGGGGUCAGUAUUAUAAAUAACUCAAUACAGCAAUCUAUGAGCAACAGAUUCAUUAAACAAAUGUAACUGUCAGGGGCUGGGCACAACCAGUCAGGCUUGCUUACCGGGAAUUGCGUCCAUAUGACACUUAAUGGCAGAAUAUGUAGUAUAAAUAAAAUGUAUAAAAUUAUUUUGCAAACAAUUAAACUUCAAUAAAUUUUAAG